AUGUUGGCGUGGUGGUGCUUUGUCGGGACGGAAUUUGUCGCGACGGGGAGCCCGUGGCCGGCAGGAAGAUAUUCGAACAAAAAACUCGACUUUGCGGACGGUAACACGGACGUCACCGCGGAAUUCCCGUUCGUGGUGGGACUGAUUUCGAACGGAUCCGCGGACGGCACCGUCAUUUGCACGGGAACUCUGGUCUCUCCGGUGUUCGUACUGUCGACGGCCCACUGCGCGUCGCGAUUGCGGGGCGGAGGCGGAAUCAAGGUGAGUGCGUGGACGUGUCCGAACAGAUCCCCGAGCUCAUAUCCCGCACGCCGAAUCGGUUCCCGUUUGAAAAAAAACGAAUGUUAUGAUGGCGCGCCGCAUUAGUUCCCGUUUGAUACGCACGUUUAUACAACAAACACAAUCAAUGCAGACAUAAUUAUGUGAAUUUUAGAUUCUGAGUGGAGCGAAAAAGCUUAUGGUUUUACCCUAGACGUUUAUUUAUUUAUUUUAUUUUUUUUUUUUUAUCUGUAAACAACUUUUCAACCGGCAAUUUCGCUUCAACUUUCGACGACAGCAAUGUUUCUAAAAGGACAUUUUGUCCCAUUUCUAAAAAUAACCCUUAUUCGGACUUCAACCCUCUCGAGGCACGCCUUAAGGUUUACCGAAUUAUUACGAAACUUUAAAAAAUACAUUUUUUUCGUGGGUUCGGACAAAUUUCAGCGGUAGCCCGAUCAAAAAUCGAGAACAAAUUUUCUUCAUCCAUAGUCUAAGGACCACCCUUAUAUAUAUAUAUAUAUAUAUAUACAUACCGAAUAUAAAAUAUAGAAAUGUUGCUAGUAUAUAAUCUAAGAAAUUGUACCUUGAUAGUACUAGUAAGCCUGUAAAAAUGGGAAGGGAAAUGUGCGUAUUCGAUUUUUUUUUUACUGCGAACAGUGGGAACCAAUCCGACCAUUAGUGGAUACAUCGUAAAUUUAAACGGGAACCAUUUCGGCUCACCUUCAUAAUAUACCUUUUUUCAAACGGAAACCGAUUCGGCCAAACGGGAACCGAUUCGGAUACACCAGAGUGCGUAUAGGGUGGCGAACAACAACAGAACUGGGUCGCGGUCAAAACGUUUGUGUAGAGAGACGAGACAAUAUCGCGGUCAAGAAGCGUCCAUAAUAAUAAUUUAUAGUAUAUGCCACCUGUUAUCGAGUAUAUAUUAUUAUUCUCGUAUAACUAUGUCAAAUUGUUUUCCCUGUGACCUUCCGCGUAUCCUGUACACGGAGUCGAGGGGGACACUGGUCCGUAAGCCUCGUUGUGUUCACUGUAUCAUUACAUGUAUCGUGUAGAGGUCGAAAAAAAACUUCGGUCGUUAAACGUUUUUAUUUUCGUCCGGCGAGAUUUAUGUAUAGUUUCGUGUCUGUACGAAAACGGUGAUUGUCGUCUGUACCUUAUAAUAUUAUUAUGAUUAGAAACGCAUACGAAAUGCAUAGAAAACGUUUACAGUUCUGCGCGUUGAUCCGCGCAUAAGCUGUUACCGAAUCUCGGGCUAAUGUGGAAAAUCGCUUUUCUGUUUCUAGGCUUUUCGGCGUAUCAAGUCUGCGACGGACAACAAGAAAGUAGAAUACCGUCAAACACUGCAAAUUUACACGCACCCCUUGUACGAUAGCGUGAAACGCGUGGGCGACUUGUCAUUGAUAAGGGUACGUAAUAAUAUUGCGGACUUUGUACCGCACGCUGAGGUCUGGGAGUAGCACUGAAUCGUGGCUGGAAACAAACGGAUGUGUAGGAAGUGGUGACGUAUUUGGGGAUUGGUACUGAGGGUACUGCAUCACCGAAAUCACAGUUAAUAUUAUGUUAUUGUUUUUAUAGAAAUAAUACGCGGUAAACCCAGGGCCUGAUUAAGAAGUUUUCCAUCAGUAGGCUACGGUUAGUUUUGCCCUCCUACGGUAUAUUUGGAAAGGAAUGGUUCCAGAAGGAAGCCCAUAUGAAACAUAAAAACAUCAAACUUUCAGUGUUAAAAACAAAAUGUAUUUCAUAUUUGAUAGAAUGUGAUAUAAUUUAAUAUAUUUGAUAUUUUCGAACAGUUAAACAAAUUUUUUAACAUUUUUUUGAAGUAUAUAUCAUGCAAUCACGGCUUCUACGUUCAUAAAAAAAUGAUUUUACGGUACCCCAUAUUUACCAUUAACCGAUUGACGCCCUAGGCUGUAGCCAUUCGGUCUGUAUCCAAUACUUAGGCCCUAGAAAAACCAUAAUAAUAUGUGAUAUCGAUAAUAUGUAAUGAUCGACAAAAAAAAAAAAAAAUCCCACAUGCGACACUUACCUGGCGCCUUCGUUUAUUAGCCUCAGCGCCGUCUUAGCGAAUACUUUCGAAACUACGGUUACGUGCAAGUCAAUUGGGAACGGAUCUAGGGGAGCUUAGAGGCCUGCUCCCCCCAGAUGUAUUAUUUCUCCGAUUUUUUUUUAUAAUUCUAUAGAUCUUGAUAUUAUUAUAUUCCAAUCAAUGAUAUGCAUGAUAAAAUAAUAUAUUAUAUUAUAUUUUUUUGUAUUUGUGUCGUAAAAAAAUUGUUGCCCUCCCAGAUAUUUGCUUUGGAUCCGUGCCUGAAGUUAAGUAUUAGUGCCGAACGUAUCCGCUGGGGCUCAUGAAAACUAACUCGCGUUCUCCGUUAUGCCUUGUCACUUUUUUGUGGCACGUUCUUGUUUCGUGUAUUUAUAAAAGACUUUAAGUCCAUAUAUAUUGUUUUCGCAGCUAAAACGUCCAUUCCGGAACGUCGGACGCUUCGUGAGACUCUCGUCGGACAUAUUCGCGGAUGACAUCGAACUGGACUGUUUGAUAAUCGGAAUUGGUUUCCCGCACGAAGGUCAUGGUUAUAAAGUACCCGUCCGGGUACAGUACGGCCGUAACGCUUGUAAGAUUCCCGAACUCAAGUAAGUUCGGUGCUUGUGUAAUCCGUGUAAUCCGCGUAGUACCCGCGAAAUUCAACAAAUAUUUGAAAGUCACGGGGUUAAUGUUUUUUUUUUUUUUUGAAAAUCCUCUAGCAGAGUCAAACUGCAUAUAUUACCGGGCCUAUGGCAGAUACGGAUUGUAUUCCAAAUAAAGCAUUCUGAAUAUUAUAGAAAACAUUUUUUUUGAAAUUCUCGACAGUUCGAAUAUAAUGCGUAAUCACGUUAUCAUUCAUUGUACAAUAGAUACCAUAGUCCACUAAAUCGUCUGAACUUAAAUGUUUUGUUUGCACGCGUUCCAAAAACAUAUUGAAUAAUGUUUGCAAAGUAUACGGAACAAUUCGACAAUACUAUUGGUCGGAAGUACUCGAAUACGUAUUCCGAAUUCUAUUCUCUGUACACGCAUUAAAAUAUUUAUUUUGAAUACUUUUAACAAGUAUUUUACGCAUGUCCGUCGAACGGGUACCGUAUAAUUUUACCAUGCCAAAAUUGAAAAUUGAAAAAAAAAAAAAAAACCGAUUAUCUUCCUUCCUCUUCAUGCCCUUCGUUUUAUGCCGGGCGAACGAUUAAUGUUUAUUUAAUGCAUUUUUUUUUCGUCAACCGCAGUCUGCGGGGAUCGUCCGGAAAUUAUUGCGUGAAUAAUCAUAGUUUGAUGUCACGGUAAAAUUUCCGCGAUCAGGUAAAACUAGUAUUUACCCGAAUAAUAAUUAUAAAUUAUGUACCGGCGUUUUCAGUGUAAAUUAUUGUUAAUAUUGUGUAGCUGCCCGGCGAUAACCGGUUUUCAUGCGUAUCGCGGUCGUCAGAAUUGAAACUAGUUUUAAAAAAAUCGUCAUCGCGGUUUGUCGUCCGCUAAAUUUUUAUGUUAGAAAAUAUUGCUGGGAGUACCGCCGCCGACCAACGGAAAAUCUGCGAUUUAAUUUUACGGACCGGUAUGCAGCGUCGGUAAAUCUUCCGAGUCUGUAAUUUAUAAUAUCGAGAAUUCCACGGUUUUCGGUCGAUUUCGAGGUUUUUAUUCCGCGGUUAUUAAUAUCUUACACGAGUAUAAUAGAAUUCGUCACCGUCAUGCAACAAACGACCGAAUCGGUGUUUAAACGUUUUACAAAUUCAUUUUUCUUUUAGUUUAGAAUUCAAAUUGAUAUUUUAUUCGAUUUCAAUAUUGCAAUCGAAAAUUAAGAGCGCGCGGAGUCUAUAAUUAUUUACAAUAUCACUCGGACAUGUUUUUUUCGUAAAUAUUUCUCUCUUCGUCUCUCCGUUUCGCGUAAACUUUUUAUUGGACAAUCGACAUAAUAUCAUUAACCAUUUUCUAUUCUCCGACAUAACGUUCAUUGUAAAGUCUAAUUAAAAUAAUAAUGUUUAUUUUUUUUUUUUUAAAUAAGAAGUUUGGUUAGGUACUCCAUGCCAGUACUCGUGAAAAAUAAAUUGUCGCGAAAUAUGUAAACGAAAAUUAGAGAGGAAAAAUCUGGAAAAAAGUUUACAACUUUUCUCGGGACCGACCCGGGGAGCGCGUGAAAACUAUUUUACGUUUGUUUUUUUUUGAAAUAACCGGUAGAUUUUCUAGUUCGGUAUUCUCCGUAGACACGUAAAAUAAUGGACCGCGCAUAUCAUAACGUCAAAGCAGUGUAUUUCGUCGGAUCAAAGAUAUGUGCGAGAGAGACAGACAUAUGUUAGAAUUUGCAAAGACGUUACAACCAAAAUAUUUUGAACGUUCAUAAAUUAUUGAAAUGAUCACAACCGAAAAAUAGUAAUAACGUUUUCACAAUUUUUUUCUACGAUUAGUACGGUUUUGCAUUUCACAUUUACAUGCUCGCGUUUUGAUUCCGACACAUUUGAAUGUGUUUUAAACAUUAAAAGUAAAACGGUUCUUGUGCGUUCCGUAAGAAGCUGCGAAACCAAGCACUCCGAGGAUUCCGGUACAAAGAUCCACACGCAAAUAUACUGUUUCAAAUACAAGUACUCGGACUCGACUAAAUGCGUGGGCGACACAAUGUAAAUAGAAUGUAAAUACGGGUUUUCGAGAAAUUGUCGUCAGCUAUCAACAGUCAAAGUCGGUUCGUGCCAUCCCGGCAUUCGGUUGCGUGUUGCGAAUGCUUACGUUUUCGCUCGCGCCGUCCGUGACGCAGCCCUAACUCUCUCGCACGCGUCUUCGGUUCGCGCGUCUCUGUCUCUACGCGCGGUCCGUUGUUUUACGCGUCCGGCGGUAUUCUCUCGUUUUCGACCCGGCGUGCCGCGAGUACUACGGAGCGCUCGUCCGUUCGGACACCGAACGUUUCCGUUAUUGUCAUUAUUACACGCCGAACCCGGACGAUUUACAGCCCGGCCCUCAAGUACGUGAUCGCGUACACGUGGCCCGAUUUCCUGUGCGCCAAGACGACCGGCCGACAGCCGUCGCCGAUGCCGUGCGACAGGGGCGACGCGCUGGUGUGCCACGGCGACCGGCUGUACGGCGUGUUCAGUUACGGGUACAACACGGGCGCGGAGACGGCGGCCGCGGCCGAGAGCCGCACGGACUGCGGCGCGCACGCCGUGCAGGGCCGGCACCUGUUCGUCAACAGGCACUUCAAAUGGAUAGCCGACACGCUGGCGGGCCGACCGGCCGACGGCGGGGCAGCGGCGCGCGCGGAAUCGGACGCGAUGACGAGCCGGUCCGGCAACACGCCACGGUCCUUCGUCCCGGAAAACCAUCCGUACCUGGUGUACCUGGAGGGCCGACUCGACCAGGACGAACCGACGUGCGGCGGCUCGUUGAUAUCGUCACGGCUGGUGCUCACCUCGGCCUACUGCACGAUAAGAAUGUCGGAAAUCGAGGUCGGUACCGCGGGCGACCAGACGCAUUCGGGUUUGGGGCUCGGCGCUUUUACCCGAUAAAUUUUACGGGUCAACUGAGCGCGGCGAGGAAGCUUACGGUUUUACAAAGAUGUUUAUAUUUUUUUUAUUUUUUUUUUUUUUAUCCGUUCGCGACUUAUCUACUUCGCUCAGAUUCUCGAGUGUAGCUCGUUUUCCGAUAGGAAAUCGGCGUGGAAAAACGGAUUCAUGACAUUUACGAAAUGUAGGUAUCGGUUAAAAUAUAUUACGGCUCCGUUUUUCCCGUGAACGAUUUUUCCCGCCUUCAAAUUUGAUUCAACUCCUAACGAUAGCAAUGUUCCUAAUAGGAAAUUUCUUUUCGGAGGUACUUUAGACAAGUCGUUUUUUGGAUUUUUCCGAAAAUGUGAUAAAUAUGGGAAAACCGGGAAAAAUGUAAGAAAACUGGGGAAAUCAGUACAACAUUAAACAAAUAUUACUAAAGAAAAUGUACAAAGUCUAUUUAAUUAUUUUACUAUAAAACAACAGAUAUAUUGUUGACAAAGCGUCACUUUUAACUGAACUCAGCUCAGAAUCGUUUUUUCGUAAGCAACGGUUUAUCGUUGCUUACAGGUGAAUAUUAAAUUGUCUAUAACAGCGGCUGCGCCCGUCCUCAUUAUCCUAGGACGCCUUUAUUAUUAUUUUUUUUAAUUCCGUUGUUAUCCUGUAUAGUCUCAACAUAAAAUCGUUUCUAAUCUUACGGACUAUUGAAAUUUGUAAUUUUAUUACUUUUGUGUGCCUAUAGCAGUAUAUUUUUUUGAUUAUUACGCUGGUUUUUUCUUCCUUUUUGUUCAAAGGCUAGAAAUUGAUCUAGUUGUUUUUAUUAAAAGUAAAAAAAAAAAAAACUGUAAGUACUCAAUACUGAUCUUCAAUUGCGCACAUAGAGAGGGGGUUGUUGUUGAGGGGUCAAUUUCCCUCUCCAAAAUGUCUUCUUUCGCUGCGUUUUUUUUUAAUCAAGUAUUACAUUCAACAACAUAUUUUAUCUUAUACCGCAGAAUAGUGAUAGUACUGUACUAAUAAUAAUAUGUGUUAUCCCCUCUCUAGAAUAUUAUUACAAACAAAACCUCUCCCGAAUUAUAGUCCUGCGCGCGUUACCGCUAAUCAUUCUUUCUUCGCAUUUACAUUAUUCUGGUAUUAAAAUAUCGCACACGCGUAUAAUGCGAUUUAAAUUUAUACGUUACCGUUGCUUGUGAAAAACGUACCGUUUUACCAAAAUGUACGUUAACAAAUUUAGUUAAAGGUAAAGCCACUGCAAUUUAUUUGGCCGAUAAAUUUCGUAUUAAUUACAGAAAACGAUGACGUUAUUUUAAUUGUUCGCGUUUUCAUGCAAUAUUCCAGGUGUAUCUGUUGACGACAUCUCUGGGAAAGCACACCAACGCGAGCUACGUUUACAUUCACCCGGACUUUGACUUGGACACUCUGAGCGCUGAUAUCAGCAUUGUCGUUGUGAGUAUUUUCUUUUUAAAUAAAUAUAAUAAUAUGUAGCGUUCGUGAUUUCAUGCACAAAUCCACAUCACAAAUCCUUGAAAAUGCACUUAAGAAAAAAAAAAAAAAAUAAAAAUAAUAGAAUUAUGUUUUUAGAAAUCCCCCUUGUAACGGUUCUAAUUAAUAAAACACAAUUUUCGAAAACUACGAAAAUGAUUAACACAAUUUUUUAAACAAAAUUGUAAGUAGUAUAAAAACCGAAUUUGUACAUUUAAGGGUUAGAGUCGUUACGAGGGAUGGAUGAGAAUUUUAAACUUCUCAAAAUCCUCUGUUAUUUUCGAUUUAAAAAAGAUUUCCGGGCUCUUUUGACAUUUUUCUGUGGAUUUUAAAUGCAUAAAGUCUCGAGCCCUAAAUGAAUGUUUUAGGUCUAAAUGAUUUUUAUUCCUGAUCAAAAUUGAUAUCACGUUAUCGGAGGGAAAAAAAAUGGUAAAUAAAUAAUACUUACGCGAAUCCUCUCUCCUAUCAAUAUCAAUUAUAGCAUUUAUCACAACCACCCCCACCGUUCAAAUACUUUCUCCCCUUUCGUGAAAACAACAUUGAAUCAUAAAAAUCGGCCGCAAUUAAUAAGUGGAAUACAAAAACAUAUAUUAUAAUGUAUGAUUCAAUGUUUUUCCAUGCUGAGGGGAAAAUACUAAGUAGCGCGUUACGUUUACUUUGGAUUUGUACCACUAGAUCACUUUGAAGAAAAUUUUCGUCCGAAUUUUUUCCCAGCCUUUUUUUUCGGUCAUUCAGAAAGCUUAGAAUAGGCUUUCUUUUGAAAAAAACACACUUAUGAGUUAAGUUUUCAUAGCGAUAUUUCCGGUAGAUUAACGAAAUAAAAAAACAAAAACAAAAACAAAAUCGAAAACGAAACUUUUAUUGCCGUACGCAUUUCUCUGGUUCUCCCGUACGUUAUUUUCCCCGUCGCGGGCAAUUAUUAUGGAACCUACAAGGGAAAAAAUAGGGGGAAAAACUCGUGUUUUUUGCUAGCUUUCGAUGUCCUCCGGGGACGAUAAUAAUAUUUGUGAUAAUGCGGUUUUCGCAGUUGUGGACGCCGUUGAUCGUUCGCAGAUACGUGGGGAUGGCGGACACGGUCGAACCUCCCGUCGACGAUAAAUGGACCGAACCGCUCGCGUGCACGUUGGUGACGGCGAAAAAAUGGGGCCAACCGUACGGUUACUUUCCGGUGCAGGUCGAGUACGGGCCCAGAGCCUGCAGAGAAUCUAUCGAGUAGGUGCACAAUACGUUGGCGCCGGUGGUGCCGUAAUAUACAGGGUAAUAUGAGUCGAUUCCUGGGUACCCGUUUUACCCGCGCCGAUAUCGGUGAAUCGAUUCCGUGGCUAUUGAUAGGGGGCGAAUCACGUUUCGAUUAGGAACGUUUGGGUGACAAGUAAAACGGCACCCCGUUUUGAACAACGCUUUUAAAUUUCUAUUCCAGGCUCGCUAAAUAAACGUUCGGUUGAAUCACGGAAACCAAUUUUUAAAUUGAGUUAUAAGUGAUUUAUUUGGGUUUUCAUAGAAUUUCCGCGCGCGUGUCAAUUUAGUUUUAAAACACGCCAAAAGUCCAGUUAUAUUUAACAUGUAUCUAUAUCUUCGUAUAAUAGAUAUACGUGCACCGAGAUCUUACAUACGAUAAGACAACACAGAUAAAAUACUAUAAUAUUGUAAGAUUCUCUAUAUAAACGGUCGGUUAAACUAAAAUGCGGAAAAUUCUGGUCCAAACGAGUGCUGCCCAUUGAGAGAUACGGUUGUACGGUUUGACUCCCUUAUUGUUGAAACCAGUAACGAAAAUAACAGGACGUAUUUUAAUAUAAAUUUUGUUGGUAAUGCCAAAUGGUAGUUCAUUUUAGAUAGCAAUUUUUGUCGAUGAAAAUAUACGCUGGAAUAUACGCAUGCCCCGUGAACACUCCAAAGUUUUAUGCGAGAAGUGAUGAGUAAGUAUAGGUACUGAUAAUCUCAUUAUCAAAUAUAAGUUUUCAAAACCAAUGCGUUCUACAUUUUUACCCGGUGCACACUAAAAUGCAAUAUUCUACGACGAUACACCUACAAUAUCUAAUAUACCUGUCAAAAAUAUUUCAAACAAAAUAAGUAGUUGAGUUAUCAUAACAUUGUUCAAAAUAUGAAAAAAAAUAAAAGGAAGACAGUUUUUAAGAGACUCAUCAGCCAACCUCGUGGUGUCGCUCGGGCAACGCUAAUAGGCUGAAGUGGCUCAUUCAACAUAAUAUUAUCAUAUUACUGUUGUACAACGAUAGGGGAAUCAGCUCGUACAUACUUAACAGAAACCCGAGAAUCAACUGGUAUACAAAGUAAGUCUCGAGAAUCAACUCACCAACACCGAUACACGGUGUCCCGCCGCGUUCGACGGAUUUUUACGUAACCUCUGUUGCGGAUCGAGAUAAUAAUACGCAGGAUACGAAACGACAGCUCAUCGGUUUAUGACGAAAGUCCAUCGAAUUUUAUUAUUGAAUUGUUACACUCCUGGCGCUUAAUAGCGACGGAUUUACGAGAGGGGGGGAAUCCAGAGAAUUCGGAAAAUUCGAGUCCAACGUACGUCAUACAUACAAUGUCCGGUGAAUAGUUUCUCGGUUAGGUCAGCCGUUUUAAUUUCUAGAGACGGGGAGUGUACGAGUCUUAUUGUAAAACCGAACUUUGCUCAGAAGCGAAGCACGUUAAAUUUUCCUCUAUAUCCUACGUUUCCAACUUCCCCACCUAGUGGCCCGCCAAUCAUGCGAAGUACGUACGUAUAUUUGUUAUAACGAUAUCGUUUUAGAAACGGUUAUAUUGACAUUUUUUCAAAAGCGAACAAUUAAAAAGUUUUUUUGCCUUUUUUGAGCUUAAUUUUUCGCGAAAAUUCACCUCCCCUGGAACGGAAAUUCUAAAGGAAAAAAAUUGAAUAUAAAAACGCGCCGAAAUGUCACUCUGCUCGUGUACGACUAUUGUUUAAUUAUUCAAAUCGCAGCUCGGAAAUCCAAAACACGGUGAACCGGACGUGGCGGGAAUUCGUUUGCAGUGUGCCCGGGUACGGGCCGCACGGCGAAACGGGCGACCCUCUGAUCUGCGACGGGUUGCAGUACGCCAUCACCAGCCACUGGUACGCGGCCAGCAACGGCACGGAGGACGCCGCGGAUCCAGAAACGCGGUUUUUGGUGAUCGACCAGUACAAGAAGUGGAUCGACGACGUGGCCGCCGAGACGCGAGUGUUCCACGCUGUAGGACGGGCGUUCCGGGACCGUCGGCCCGACGCCCUGACGGUAGCUCUGCUCCAGCUGCUCCUGCUCGAGGUCGGCGCGGCGCGCGCAAAACUGCACGCUUAA